AUGAAUGAUUCACAUUCGAACGUAUCUUACGGAACACUCUUGAAAGUAACCGAAGGUUUUUCUUUAACAAAUUUGAUCGGUAUUGGAAGCUUUGGUUCUGUUUACAGGGGGAUACUUGGGGACAAUGGAACUAGUAUUUCCGUGAAGGUGCUUCAUUUGGUCCGUCACGGUGCUCUGAAGAGCUUCAUAGUCGAGUGCGAGGCAUUAAAGAACAUCAAACAUCGCAAUCUUUUGAAGAUACUAACAGUUUGCUCAGGUAGUGAUUAUCAAGGAAAUGAUUUUAAGGCCUUGGUCUGUGAAUUCAUGGACAAUGGAAGCUUGGAACGAUGGCUCCAACCAAACGCAACAUCAUAUCAUCAAAAUGAGCUCCCGAAAAAGUUGAAUUUCAUUCAGAGGAUAAAUAUUGCUAUUGAUGUUGCUUCUGCAUUGGAUUAUCUUCAUCACUAG